ACAUGGCUCUAGUCGUUGGGGGGAGAGAGCAUGGAUUUUUUUACAAGUUGCUUGCUUUGUCUGCUAUUGACUUGGCUCCUUCUUCGAGCUUUCAACUCAGUCAGAAACGGAAGUAAAUCAAGUGAUGAAAGCAAGCUCCCACCUGGUCCAAGGCGGCUGCCAAUCAUCGGCAAUAUCUUCGAUCUCGGCGAUAAACCCCACAGGUCCUUGGCUAAACUUGCUCAGAUCCAUGGCCCCGUUAUGAGUCUCAAACUCGGCAGUUUGUUCACCGUCGUCGUUUCAUCGGAAGCCACGGCCAAAGAGAUCCUCCAGAAACAGGACCUCAUCUUCUGUAACCGGACCAUCGUGGAUGCUGUUCGAGCCAGCCAACACUCUGAACUCGGGCUGCCAUGGAUACCCGUGUCGCCGCUUUGGAGAACUCUUCGCAAGGUAUGUAUUACUCAUAUUUUCAGUAAGCAAAAACUAGACGGCAAUCGAUACCUACGUCGGGACAAGAUUCAACAACUGAUUACUAAUGUUCGAAAAAGUUGUCUUAAAGGUGAAGUAGUUAACGUAGGCCAAGCUGCUUUCGAUACUACGAUUAAUUUGCUGUCCAACACUAUUUUCUCUAUGGAUUUGGUUGAUCCAAACUCAUCUAUCGCUCGAGAGUUCAGGGAAACAAUCAGGGGGAUCAUGAUAGAUGCAGGGAAGCCUAAUUUGGCCGAUUAUUUCCCUUUGCUUCGAAAGAUUGAUCCUCAUGGUAUACGUCGUCGGGUGAGUGUUCAUUUCGAGAAGGUACUUAAUCUUUUCGAUAAAAUGUUCGACGAAAGACGGCAAGCAAGAAAAUCUCAGGAAUCUAUUUCUACUCUAUCGAACGAUGUUUUGGAUACCCUUCUCGACAUUCUUGAAGGCGGAUUCGAGGAGUUCAAUAAAACUCAUGUGUCCCAUUUGUUAUUGGUUUUAUUUGUCGCCGGAACUGAUACAACAUCGAGCACAUUAGAGUGGGCAAUGGCGGAACUACUUCAAAACCCACAUGUUUUACUUAAAGCGAAGAAAGAGCUAGAACAAGCAAUCGGCAAAGGAAAUCCGGUCGAGGAAUGUGACAUUCAUCGUUUACCAUAUUUGCAGGCGGUCAUUAAGGAGACCUUUCGAAUGCACCCGGCUGUCCCGCUGUUACUCCCUCGUCGAGCCGGCUCCGAUGCCUAUCUUUGCGAGUUCAAAGUUCCAGAGGGUUCACCAGUGUUGGUUAAUGUUUGGGCCAUCGGUAGAGAUCCGAGCAUUUGGGAGGACCCCAACAGGUUCACGCCGGAGAGGUUUUUGGGGUCCGAAAUCGAUGUCAAAGGUAACGAUUUCGGACUCAUCCCGUUCGGAGGCGGACGACGGAUAUGUCCGGGAUUACCUCUGGCGAAUAGGAUGUUGCAUUUGAUGUUAGGGUCUCUUAUAAACUCCUUUGAUUGGGAACUUGAAGGUGGAAUCUCACCAAAUGAGAUGAACAUGGAAGAGAAAUUUGGGAUCUCACUUCAGAUGGCACAACCUUUACGUGCAAUCCCUCUUCUUGUUUAUAAAUAAAGAUAUUAGUCUUGAU